AACGGCUUGGGGCCACAUCUUCUCCGACCAUAUCUUCUCGGACAAUAUAUUCUCCAACUGCCUUAAAAUGGAUUUACCAGAAUUCCCGCCGAGGAUGUUUACAUUAGGAGAAGAGCCUGAUGCAAUCAGGAGCAUUUCGUAUCAUUCUGAUGACACGAAGUUGUUUAAAGCUCUAUGUGAUUGUCUCACAGCUGACAAAUAUGAGGAUCUGAAGGCGUCGAAGUUAGGAGUGUUCAUCAAAUUCAAGGAGCUUGACUUUGGUUGGACUUCAAGGCUGGUACAUUUUAUGCUCUCUUUCCAGCUAGACAUCAAGAAGAAGUUUGAGCUCUGGAGUCUUGUCGUUUCACAACCUGUGAGGUUUUCACUGAUAGAGUUUGAACACCUCACUGGGCUGAACUGCGAUUACAUCAAGGACCUGGAAAAUCCAAGGUGUGAGGUUACGACGGAGAUGGCUGCUUUCUGGGAGAAGAUGCGUGUUGAUAUCGAUACUGGGCCAAGUAUUGAUCAGAUAACAGAAGCAUUUUACAACUGCGACGAGUGGUCUCGGGAUGAUCGCAUGCGGCUGGGAUACCUUGCCAUCUACGCAGGGUACAUCGAAGGGAAAAAGUUCUCAUCCGCUACAUCAGCUAGUCUUGCAAGGCUAGUGAUGGAUUUAAAACAAUUUGAGAAUUAUCCAUGGGGGAGAGUGGCGUUUAAGGUGCUGAUGGAUUCUCUGAAGGCAAAAGACUUGACGCAAACUGGUUACACUGUUGAUGGAUUCAUACAAGUGCUCCAAGUGUGGGCGUACUAUGCUCUGCCAGAAUUGGGUGCUAAUUAUGGGUCUCCCAUACCAAACAGACCGUCUCCACUGUUGCUGGCUUACAAGAGUGGCAAAAGACAACGCAAAUUUUUUAAGGCUGCUAUCAAUAAACAUGUACUUAACUUCACUCCUAAGACUUCUCAGACGACUACUAUCGUGAAGAACUUCGUUCAGAAGGAUUUUGAUGAAAUGUUUCCAAAAUGGGACGGAGACGUAGAUGACCCUGCCGCGGAUAACAUAAUUAAAGUCAUGUUUAAUGAUCCUGGAUGGGAGUGGACCAUGGAAUGCUGGCCAGUCACCGGUACCCGCAAGGUUGUGAAGAUGGAAGUGAUUCCAGUGAAGAAUGAAGUGAGUCCCGUGAAGUCAGAGAGUGUUGUGAAGGAAGAAAGUAGCAGACCUCGGAAGAAAGCUCGUAAAGGGUCUUUUGUUUCUGCUGAGACACCUGCGGCGGGUAGUGAAGGGAUGACGCAUCAGCAGAUUGAAAAGUCCUUGAAGGACAUAUCUGAUGCCAUUAAUAUUGGCUUUGGGACGUGUCUUAAGGAGCUCAAGUUACUGGCGGAUAGGAUGGAAGCUGUGGAGAAGAAGGUGGGAAUCACCAACAGAGGGGGUUCAUCUGAUGAUCAUCAACUUACAACCACUUCAAAUCCACCAAAACCUGUUGACGAACCCUGGAGUGAAAGUGUGAAUGGGGCGAAAGCAGAACAGAAGGAAGCCAAAGAACCGAGUCUUACUACAGAACCGAGUUCCUCGAGAGAGCUCUGUCUUGUGAGUCCUGCAGACGACUUACCGAGUGAUGAUCCUAGCCUUCUUAUAUUGGACAAACAAGUUUCCACCGCUUCAGAUUUACUCGUUGAAGAAGCUCGAAGGCAGACAAAGAAGGAGACUGCUUUGGUGAAUCUCCGUAAAAAAAGUGUGCGAGAAAGGAAGCUUGCUCCCACACAGCAAACUCCUUUUAAGGGAAACAGCACUGCCAAACAGAUCAUUCCAAACAAACAGGUUGGCGGAGGCUAUGAUCCUUUUGCACCCAUUGACAAGAUGAAGUCGAAGGAGCUCACUGCAUGGGUGCAAAAAGAUCCAUUGUUUUAUAUGCAGCAAAUGGAUGCUUUUAUUAAUAUACUGAGGCAACGGUACCAAAACCAUCCAGAACAUUUCAGGAGCGACAGAAUGUGCUUUCUUGAUCACGUCUUUUCUCGGCAGUGGAGGGCCUCCUACCCUGAUUUUAAGAGCGACGCUCCUGAUGCCAACGGUUUAGGAAGAAGACUCCCUGGUGGGGCGUGGAAUUAUCAUGCAGGCUUGAUACCUUCUUUUUGCCAAUCUAAGAAGGUUUGGGGGGUGGAUGUGGAUGAUAUCUAUGCACCUGUGAACUUCAAGAACCAGCAUUGGAUUGCUAUAUGGAUAUCGAUCCCUAAGAGGCACAUCGUCGUCUGGGACAGCAUUGUCUCUCAUAUUAGCCCUGAAGAACUCGAUGAGGUAAUGGAGCCUUUUGUCACAAUGGUCCCUUAUCUGCUUGUUGAGUGCGCGCUCUCUGACGAACAAAAGGUUCAAUACACAUUGGAGCCAUACACAUAUGCGAGACAAACCGUUGGAGUACCUCAGUGCCGAGCUGGUGAUUGUGGCCCCUUCACUCUGAAGUACAUCGAAUGUCAUGCUCUUGGGAUAGAAUUUCCCACCGCGUUUGACAAAAAACACGGGAAGACCAUCAGGGAGAAGAUGGCGCUGGAUAUAUUUCGAGAGCUUCCUAAGUGCCAUGAAUGGGAAAACCAAGACAAUGAUGAGAACCUGGCAACGUAUGAUUAGAUAUUGGAUGUGUUAUUGCGAUUGUAUUUGAACUUGAUGCUUUUGUGUACUGUUGUUAGGUAGAUUAGGGGAUGUUAACAGGGUCAGGAUAGGAUGAUGUUUUUUGUAACCUAUCCUCACACCAAACUAGAAUUCCGUAGGAAAUUAGUUUGGUAGUGCAGUAACCUUUCGGAAUAUGUAAUGUUUAACUUGUUUUUUUUAAAUUGCACUGUUGGAAUUAGUUUCGGAAUAUGUAAUGCUUAACAUAGAAGGUCUACAAAGAAAAGUUCAUAAAACAUAUAAAUUCAUAACAUAGAGUCUACAGAGAAGUUCAUAAAACAUAGAAAAUCAUUGGACGACUUACUUAAAGGUCUUCUGGACGACUACAGAGAAGUUCAUAAAACAUAGAAAAUCAUUGGACGACUAACUUAAAGGUCUUCUGGA